AUGGCACCAACUCUAUUUCCUAUGACCAAACUGUUGUCUCGGAAGAUGGUCCCAAUACCACGACACCAUGGCAAGAACCAAUCGAAAAACAUCACAAAGGCUGCCAAUAUGGGGAGGGUUAAGACGUCUCUCACGCAAACGACAAGCCCAGAUCAGGAACUCAGUCAGAGAGAGCUCAAACGCCCCCUAGUCCAUACCAACGUUCUCCACAACUACCAACAUCCGGACGAGGAGCUCAUUGCAUCGAUGCGCAAGAAGGCUGGUCUAAAGCCCCUAAAGCCGUCAUCGCUGGUCCCUUCUUGUCAACCAGCUACCGGAGAAGCUGUACCAUCUGAUAGUAGAGCUCAGGUAGCCGUGUCCACGACUACGCCCCGAAAAUCCCUUGAAGACACUAUUCCAGGGGCUUCAAAUGUCCCAAAGACGUACGCUUGGGAAGAAAAGGCCCAGGGCAUCAUCAUGCGAGAUAGACUUACACUUGACAAGGAUUGGUCCAAGAUCACUUGGAAGCAAAAGUCUAGCAACAUUACUCGACUCAAGUUGCUAAAAGAUGACGGCUAUAAUAUCACUCCCCUAGAGGGGAAGGUGUCUGCAGAUCAGAUCAUCGAUGCUCUCCUGGCUCACAUUGAAGCCAGGAAGCAACGCACGGCACCAAGCCUGAAAUCUGGAGCUACGGCGUCUAUCGAUGAGUUAGAAAACGAAUUCGAGCAACCCAGAGAUGAGGGAUUGCCCACUAGCGUUGCUGAAGACGGUGAUGACGGUUUCGUGGCUAUUUCUGCGACUAAAGUCGUCAACAACUAUAUCCUUGCUAGCAAAAAUAGCCAUUUGCAAAACUUCCGUCCACAAAAGCCAGUUCGUUUAGAGCCUCAACUUUGCCCAAAGGACGAGUUUUACCAAACCCAAGAGAUUAUUGGAACAAAGCGCAAGCACACGCACGAGGACGACAACCAGCCCAACUGGCAUGAGAAGAGGCCCCAGCUGCACUUGCAUGAGAUCUACGCUCAGCGAGAUACAUAUUCUGCUGAGAUGCACGACGCGUCAUCAUGCACAUGCGGUUUUUCACCGAGCAAGUUGAUGCGGAUCGCCACUCCUGAACAGGUAGAGAAGGUAGUCAAAGUGCAAGCGUUUGAACUCGUGAAGUGGCGAACUUCUCGCGGCAUCUUCUCGGCAUCACGAGAAGAGCAUAGAGCCUUUCGAUCCCGCGUAAUCCAUUCUGAUGAGCGAUGGUCCUCUGCACCGGAACUCUGUGUCGACCCUAGGAAGCCGAUUAAGCCAUGCCGAAUCGUGUUCACUGAACACUACGCACCUGCCACUCAGCCUACUGGAUCAGAUGUGUAUAUAGGCUCUGUAGGCUUCAACUAUAUCAAGGACGAGAUCAAGUACCUCUCUUGUGAUCGGGGGAAAGACAGGAGCUACCAAAUUCGCGACCAUGAGCAGCGCGAGGAUGAAGAAGGCGACACCGUGAUGGAAUGUUUCGAUUGGCGUGAGGAGCCAUUCAGACAUGAAAUCCGCCUUUCUUCAAAUGAUGAACACGUUGCAUUCAUCGAUGGCGAACCACUUGCGCUUGUUGGCCUGCUGAAUUACCUAACUACGGGUGAAAUGAUGCACCUUGGGCGCUGGAAAUACGGAGAUAUCAAGGAAAAUGCCGACAACAACUUGGACCCCGAGAUGAAGGUGAUUCAUAAUGGCUCUGUACCUUUGAAUCUUAGCAAAGCUACAGAUUUGGCUUUGAAGAAGAUUGAGGGGAUGUUGAAGGCAGUCCAGGAUGCGGGUGGAGUGGAGAUCAGUGUUGGUGUGAUACACCAGAACAAGUAG